AAGAAGAGAAGGACUUCACAACACAUUAGUCCAUUAGCGCACGCUAGUAAACAUUACACUGAUACACUGGACUGGUCUUUUCAAGAUUUCGUUUCAUUGAUCCUCGGACCAACUGUAAAAACAGAAAAUAAAGUUUCCGACUGAUCAUGGACGUGCCAGAAGCCAGUCAUUCUGAAGAUGCACCUCCGGAUGCUUCAAGCGAUUCCAGUGUGACCCUAACACCGCACAUGUUGGCCAAAAUUGAACGAAAUAGACAACGGGCAUUAAUGCUCAGGCAAGCCAGGCUUGCAAGUAGACCAUCCUCAGCUCCAGAAGGAGCUACAUGUGCUAAAGUGGCAAAAACUAUAGACUCGGGUGCAGGCUUCUUUAUUGAGGAGGAGACAACAGAGGAUGAGCAGCAGGAAAAGAGAGUGGUUGAGCAACCAGCCCCAGUGAUGGAGCCUGAUUAUCUAAUGUGUGAAGAGUGUCUAAAACCAUUUAUGGACUCUUAUCUCAGCAACAGUUUUGAUCUAUCUGUAUGUGAUAAAUGCAGAGACAACGAAGUGAAGCACAAGCUAAUAUCUCGCACAGAAGCCAAACAGAAUUUCCUCCUGAAGGAUUGUGAUCUGGAUAAGAGGGAGCCACUGCUGCGAUUUAUUCUGAGGAAAAAUCCUCACAAUCCACACUGGGGAGACAUGAAACUCUACUUAAAGACACAGGUGGUAAAACGCUCUCUGGAGGUGUGGGGCAGUGAGGAGGCUCUGGAGGAGGCCAAGGAGAGCAGAGAGGAGAACAGGGAGGUGCAAAAGCAGAAACGCUUUAAUAAAAAGGUUAAAGAGUUGAGGAGGGCCGUCAGGAGCAGUAUGUUUAAGAAAGAUACCAGCAUUCAUCAGCAUGUUUACGGCCCUGAGGAGCUGCUAGACGAAGAGGAAGAUCUCUACAGGAAAGUGUGUCAAACAUGUGGACACGAACUCACUUUUGAGAAGAUGUAAAUAUGUUUUGGAGGUCUCACUACUGUGGUUACUGUUCAGGGAAGAAGCAGGGUCCAGAUCCAGGUCAGCGAAGAGUAAUAAUGAUUUUGCUUCUGGUCCUCGACACAUUCUAUUGGCUCGCUGUUCAGGUACCAAAACAGGUUUGCAUCAGUUUCCACUUGAACCAUGUUGGAGUAUCUGAAACUCCUAACCAACAUAGUGGUGCUAUUUUGUAUUUAUGCCUUCUGAAGUUUCGAAAUGUCAGCAUUAAAGGAGCAGUUCACUUCCAGAAUGAAAAUUUCUAAUAAAUUACUCACCCCCAUGUCAUUCAAGAAGCAUAUGUCUUUCUUUCUUCAGUCGAAAAGAAAUUAAGGAACACAUUCCAGGAUUUUCCUCCAUAUAGUGGACUUCAAUGGUGGCCAAUGGGUUGAAGGUCCAAGCUUCAAAGGGCUUUACGCGAUCCCAUCCGAGGAAUAAGGAUCUUAUCUAGUGAAACGAUCUGUCGUUUUGUGAAAAAAAUGUAAAGUUUAUAAACUUUUUAACCACAAAUACUGGCCUUGCACUAGCUCGACCUCACACAUUACGUAAUCAGGUAUGUGGAAGUACCGACCUAGUGUUUACAAAGCGAACGUGCAAAGAAAGUCAAACGCCCUUUACAGAAAUGUAAAACAACGAUGUCAGACAAUUUUGAUGUUGGAGGAGAAAAUGAGAUGGACUACCUUACCUUUUUGAACCGAAAUACACAGACGAAUAACUAACCAUGAGUGACUUUUCAAACGUGAUUAUUACGCAAUGCGUGACAAAUCGCAGUGCUAGUGCAAGACCAGCUUUUGUGGUUAAAAGGUAAAUAAAUUUGUAUUUUUUUAGAAAAUGGCCAAUCGUUUCGCUAGAUAAGACCCUUAUUCCUCGACUGGGAUCAUGUAGAGUCCUUUGAAGCUGCAUCGACACUACAAUUGAGACCUUCAACCCAUUGGCCUCCAUUGAAGUCCAUUAUAUGGAGAAAAUUCCUGGAAUAUUUUCUCAAGAAACUUUGACAUUUUUUUAAUGUGACAUGAACAUCUCGGAUGACAAUUAUCAGGAAAUGUUCAUUCUGGAAGUUAACUACUCCUUUAAGAUUAGAGUGUAUGGCACUAGAUUUGAUCACACGAGGGCACUGUAGAGCUACUGGUUUGAGAAAACCGGAUGAUCAAAAUGAUAGACCAGGGGUAGGCAACGUCGGUCCUGGAGUGCUGCUGUCCUGUAGAGUUUAGCUCCAACCCUAAUCAAACACACCUGAACAAGAUAAUCAAGAUCUUCAGAAUUACUAGGGCUACAGGCUGAGGUUUUUUCAGGGUUGGAGCUAAACUCUGCAGGACAUCGGCACUUGACCGACGUUGCUUACCUCUGUGAUAGGCAAUGCAAGGUGGAGUUAUUUUUCAUUUUGGGUUGAGCACACUGUUGAAUAUACUCUAAAUCUGUGAAAUGGAGAAGAAAAUACAAAUGAGAAUAUAUUGAAUAUUACAUCCAAUCAAGUGUUUAUUUCAAAUUUAGGAUGUGAUUACCAAACAUCUGCCCUUUCAAUUGUGAUAUUAUCAUUCCUGAGUAUCAUAAUGAUCAGGCAAAAGCACCAAAUUGGUCCAAAGUUGAACUGGUAUCAGUAUCUCGUUUCUCACUCUCCUACCUCGUAAAAAGUCCGGUGCCUGUUUGUUCAGUGAGAGAUAUUGGUGAUUCCAUACGUAGACUAGAGAUUAUCUCACGGUGUUGUGUUUCAGUCUGUCUGUGUGAUUAUUGAAAGUAUCAGGCUUCCUAAUUCACAAGAAGAACAAAUGCACUCAUUCCUUAAUGGCCACUUUUUUCCCUCACCUUUCAUGCCAGAUACUUUAUGCUGUAUUUGAAAUAAUGAAUUUAGACAAUGUUUGUUUAAAAAAGAUCUUUUGUUUUUGUAAUAAAUGUUUUUUUUUUUUUCAUAUUAGAAAGUGUUUCUCCAUUCUGUGUUUACAUUGCCCAUUAUUUUACAUUGCCGCUUUUAUUACUGAUGUCUCAGUGACCACAAACAUGCAUAUUAUUAUUCUUCAGGGACACAUACUGUAU